AUGCACCAGCUCCGAUCUGUUCACUUGGGAAUUUUUCAACUCGAAAACAGUGUGACUGUGACUGUGAGUGUGAGUUUUCUCGAUUGUGUAGCAGUUUCUUGCACUUACUUAGUGUCCGUACUCCAUCCACACGACCAACGCUCAAGAAGCGCACUCACCAGACCUUUAUAAUCACUGCUUUCUGUGCAAGGUUUCUGACAAUUAUUUCCUCUGAGAAAGUAGCUAGUGCACCGGUGAACUCCUAUACCCUAACUGUGGACCUGUACUGUGGCAUCGUGGUCGUGCAGUUGGUGGCUAGGCUAUGGCGAGCCUCACUCAGACAGUGUAUGGCGGCCAGUUCCGCGACACAGCACCGAGCAUCCGUGCGGCUGGCAAAACAAUCUCACCGCCAAGAAGCACUACCAAGGAGUGUAUCGCUACCACACUGGAAAGGCCGCCCACACCAGAAAUAGUACGAAAGUUCCAACCGACUAUCAAGCGACCAGAAGUGGGUGAGGAGAGAGUACACUUUGGCAGGGCGUAUGAUGACCCAACCACGGCUAGGACUAUGAGACAUGGCGUCGACACUAAGCCAUCACUCUUUACAGGUGACUUGGCAAAUCCAGCCCGGCAGACCAAUGUUCAACAACGCAUGGAGGAGAUGAAGACAAAGGUCUAUGCAUCCAGUAAAACAGCGCCACUGGGACAGUCACAUGACCAGACUCCAGGACUACCAAGGUCAUUUGAUCCCAUGAGAUCAACGUGCGGCCGAAGGACGAAAUACGAUGGCACGGUUCAAGAAGUGGUAAAUCCUGACAAAAGUGAAGAGCAAGUCGAGCAAGAGUCGUCUGCAGGUCACAACUUCUAUGCCAAAACACAUAACGACUACUAUGUCGGUGAAAGAGUUGACCGUGACUAUGACUGGUCAACCUACCCAAGAAACUUCAAGUUUGGAGUGGAGACACCAUGCGAUCCGAGAGGAAUCUAUGUACCUGCUUCACUGCGAUGGCUUCACUUUGCUGAGGAGAAACGUGCAGCAAAACUGACCAAUGACUCUGCCGACAAGUACCAUGAGAAAUAUACGCACCAGCUGGGGAAACCCCUCGACCCGCUGAAGGAGACGCGCAAUCUGCCAGAGGAUCACGUUUUCGGACUUCUCUUUCCACCGGACGAAUUUGGUGCUGCUGAUCUUAUUCACAAUCGUAAACAGAUCAAUUUUCUGCGCGGCCAUGACAGACUGCGCGGUGUGGUGGCAGCAUUGCGACACCAACUGAAGAAACUUAACUAUCAGCGAUUCUCUGAUCUGCAAGCAGCUUUCCGUCACUAUGAUAAGAGAGGUACCGGGAAGAUUGAUGUCCUGCAGUUGCGCGAGAUUUGCGAGGAAUACGGCUUGCCAGCUGAAGAUGACGUUCUACUGACCUUGGUUGAUUGGUGUGAUGCAGAUGGUGAUGGACUUAUUGACUAUGAUGACUUUGCAGAUUUCCUCAACUGGCGCUCUAAGAUGCCAGAAGCCCCGUUGCAGCGGUUAAUGCAGCCAGAAUUCUCAGGCACAAGCAGGAGCCCGUCGAAUCCGAGUAGCAAUGCUGGUAGCGGACGCACAAGUGUUGCCUCAACACCACCCACAGCGGAUGGCAAGCGGAAGAAGUCGGGUCGAAGUGUCCGUCAAAUCGAUCCCAACGUUGGUGGCUACUUCACAUGGUCCAGACAAACAAACUCAGUAGUUGGAGGAGUGAGAACAGAAGGCUGGAGAAGCUAUGGUGUACCAACAAUAAGAUCUGACCUGGCUGCACCACGGCUAAGAAGAGUUAGUGACCGAAGGAAUUAUGGCGAUGAGGCUGAUGCCAAUGCCUUGAUCAGUCCAUCAAUCUACUCACAAGCUGGGGUAACAUCUCGAGACUUCUUCCAACCAAGGUCAAAGGAAGAAAUACGGAGGAUAUUUACUGCACUCGGUGCUGACAUUACGGACAGUUCCUUUGAUGAACUGUGGGAGAAGGCAAAGUCAGUGGAUGUUAAUGGCCUGGUAAGCAUGGAAUCAUUCCGCGCUGUCUUGGAGCAAGCACACAUUGAGCAGCUACAGCUCCAAGGACAGCUUGUAUCACCGGGCAGAAGUAGGGAGGCAGCCAAAGAGACGCCAUUGAAGGAAGCUACUCUGGCUGCUGCUGCUGCAGGGGAAGAAUAGCUACAACACCUUCUAUAGCAAUAUCAUCAUGAUCAUCAUGCAAGAAAGUAACUCCAAGCGUGGAUGCUUCUUUCUCAAUCGUUUUUAAAAGGAUUGUCCCACUGUGGGACACAGUAACAUGCCGUUCUGAAUCUGGCUCUGCAAUUCACCUCAUGAUCUUUCUCAGUGAUUCACCUCAUGAUCUUCCUCAGCACACUGGGACUGUAUUGCGGAUUAGAAACUUGAAGUGCACGUCACGUAUGUAGAUUGUUUCCGCCAAUCAUAAUGCAUUCCUAUAUUGAAGUAUUGACAAGUCUUGAUCCACAUACAUGUGUGCAAACAGGUGUUUCCAGUAUGACACUCAGCCAUCUUGCUUCCUCAUUUGAAUGUUCCAUUAUACAUGUAUAGCAUGGAGAAAUGAGUUGUAGUCAUGUUAGCUCUUCACGUCUUUCUAUGUGCCAUAUACCAGUAGAUUCUGUCACCAAAGAAUAUACCGCGGACAGCUCUCGGA